CAAAGUCACAUCUUAUAACAGUACAGAAUCAUUAAAGACACUGUGUAAACUUAUUUGCAUGAAUGGAAAAUAAAAAAGAAGGAAAAGAUCUGGAAAUGUUGAGAAAAUCUGUUCAACGACUAACUGUUGUUAUCAAACAUGUGAAGAUAACAGCUAACAUGUGUACCUCAGCCUCAGAUGAAGUUUUAUUCCAGAAGAUUGACACUAAAGGUGUUAUUACCCUGAACAGACCAAAAGCUUUAAAUGCCUUGAAUUUAUCCAUGAUCAGAAAGAUCUUUCCUGUGUUAACAGAAUGGGAAAAUGAUCCUAAAACAAAAAUGGUGAUAAUUAAAGGUGCUGGAGAUAAAGCUUUCUGUGCUGGUGGAGAUGUUAGAGCUGUUACUGAAGCGGGAAAAGUAGGAGACAGAUUAUCUCAAGAUUUCUUUAAAGAAGAAUAUAUUUUAAAUAAUAAAAUCGGCACAUAUGAGGUUCCAUAUAUAGCAUUGAUAAAUGGAAUCACAAUGGGAGGGGGUGUAGGAUUAUCAGUACAUGGUGCCUUCCGAGUAGCCUCAGAAAAAACAGUUUUUGCUAUGCCAGAAACAGCUAUAGGUUUAUUUCCUGAUGUAGGUGGAGGUCAUUUCUUACCUAGAUUAGGGGGUAAAUUAGGUAUUUACCUAGCUUUAACAGGAUUUAGAUUAAAAGGAAGAGAUGUACAUAAAGCAGGAGUAGCUACACAUUUUGUUCAAGACAAUCAGAUUGAAGAAUUGGAAAAAUCAUUACUUGAAAUGCAUGAUCCAACUGCACAAGAUAUUCAUCAUGUUUUAGAUAAAUUUCAGAAAAAUAGUACAGAUAUUCCUGAUAAAGAUUUUAUACUUGCCAAAGAUAUGGAGAAGAUUAACAGACUGUUUGAUGGUAAAACCAUGGAAGAAAUCUACCAGAAUUUAGAGAAAGAUGGUUCAGAAUGGGCAACAACACAACUAAAUACAUUAAAGAAAAUGUCUCCAACAUCAAUGAAAGUAACAUUGCGUCAGCUGUUAGAAGGAGAAACAAUGACCUUACAGGAUUGUCUUGUCAUGGAAUAUAGAAUUAGUCAGCGAUGUAUAGAGGACCAGGAUUUCUAUGAAGGAGUUAGAGCUGUUUUAGUAGACAAAGAUCAAAGUCCUCAAUGGAAACCAGCUGUUAUAGAGGGUGUGACCCCACAAAGAGUUGAAUGGUAUUUCUCUCCCCUUCCAGAAGAGAGGGAGCUUCAGUUAUGAUGAUACUGACAUCAUUAGAGUGUUUAAACAAAUGAAUAUGUAAUCAUGUGAUGAAGAUUGUUAAGAGUCAAGACUUUAUAUUACAUGAACAUUUUGAGAAACACCAUUUAUUUGAAAAAAAAAUCAUUGAAAGAGUUUUAUAAAGCUUAUAUUGUUAUAUAGAAAUUUAUUGAUUAAUUUUGUCAUUCAGUAUCACUUUUGUAUUAAGAUUUACAUGUGGAGGUUGAACAUUUUCAAGAUCUAAAUGUUUG